AACCCCUUUGCACACCAGUCCAUGUCAGGAACUGCGGCACAUGAUUGGGAUAUGUGACUAUUAAGAAAUAUAUAGAAAAGAUUACAGAAUAAUUAAAAUCUCAGGCAACAUUCUUGCUUGCCAGUCUAAGCUAUGUAAUUGGGCUACCGACGCGUGGCUCCCAGCUAGGCAGAGCUAACGUUACAUUGCGGGGGACUGUUGCGCUGGAGCGGUGUCAGCAGCAGCAGGUCAGGGAGACAAACUGUCAGGAAGGAGACCGGAGACAGGGAUAAGAACCCGGAUAGGAGCAGUUUCCACCAACCUGGAGGAACAAAAUAUAACUUUAGCAGAAAGACACAGUCUCACCGCUGCCUGUCGUCGAGUUGGUACCAGCCUUGUAAUUCAAACUCGCAACAUCAGCAGCUAACUAGUCGUUAGCUACUCGGUUAGCUACCCUGUUAGCAGCCGGUCAGCCCUUCCUAAUAACAGUAGCAGCUAACCUAACCUAGCAUAGCUAGCUGUUGGCAGCCCGGGCUCCCCGCGAAGAGCCUCCAAGAUGAGGCUGAAAGUAGGGUUUAUUCUGCGGAGCUUGCUUGUCAUUGGGACGUUUCUUGGCUUGGUGGUGCUCUGGUCUUCUCUGUCCCCGAAACCCAACGAUGAAAACCCAUUUGGAAAACGGGAUGACAGUUUGCUGCCCAAAGGAGACAUAGCAGAUCAGUUUAAGCCUGUGGUGCCAUGGCCUCAUGUGGAGGGGGUCGAGGUUGACCUCAACUCCAUCAGACUCCAACAUGGAGAGGCCAACCAUCCCCAGAACCCUGACCAGCAGCCCAACCAGAACAAGGUGAUCCAGCAGCAGUAUGUGACAUUCAGACCCGACACUCACGCCUACUCCAGCCCCAUCCUGAAGAAAGGUAUUCUGGGGAACUUUGAGCCUAAAGAACCUGAGCCUCCAGGGGUCCCUAGUGGUCCUGGAGAAGGGGCAAAGCCUUUUAUCCUGGGUCCAGAAUACAAAGAUGCCGUCCAGGCUUCCAUCAAAGAGUUUGGCUUCAACAUGGUGGCCAGUGACAUGAUCUCACUGGACAGAACCAUCAGUGAUAUUCGUCAUGAAGAGUGUAAGUAUUGGCAUUAUGACGACAGACUGCUGACCUCCAGUGUGGUGAUUGUCUUCCACAAUGAAGGCUGGUCUACACUGAUGAGAACCAUCCACAGUGUCAUCAAGAGGACUCCCAGAAGAUACCUGGCUGAGAUAGUCAUGAUAGACGACUACAGCAAUAAAGUCCAUCUGAAGGAGCGUUUGGAGGACUACAUAAAACAAUGGAACGGUCUUGUAAAACUCUUCAGAAAUGAGAAGAGAGAAGGAUUGAUCCAGGCCAGGAGUAUUGGAGCCCAGAAGGCUACUAAAGGACAGGUGCUGAUCUACCUGGAUGCUCAUUGUGAGGUUGGAAUCAACUGGUAUGCUCCUCUGGUUGCUCCUAUUUCAAAAGACAGGACAGUAUGUACAGUACCACUGAUAGACUAUAUAGACGGUAAUGAGUACAGUAUGGAGCCCCAGCAGGGCGGAGAUGAGGACGGCCUGGCUAGAGGAGCAUGGGAUUGGAGCCUGCUCUGGAAGAGAGUACCACUUAGCCAGAGAGAGAAGGCCAAGAGAAAACAUACCACCCAGCCCUACCGGUCUCCGGCCAUGGCGGGUGGUCUCUUUGCUAUAGAGAGAGACUUCUUCUUUGAGCUGGGUCUGUAUGACCCAGGACUGCAGAUAUGGGGAGGAGAGAAUUUUGAAAUAUCAUACAAGAUCUGGCAGUGUGGUGGCCAGCUGCUCUUUGUACCAUGUUCUCGUGUGGGUCAUAUCUACAGACUUCAGGGAUGGCAAGGCAACCCUCCGCCUGCGCAUGUUGGAUCAUCACCCACUCUGAAGAACUAUGUUCGUGUGGUGGAGGUAUGGUGGGAUGAAUAUAAGGACUACUUCUAUGCCAGUCGUCCUGAAACUCUCACUUUAGCCUACGGAGACAUCAGCGAACUUAAACGCUUCAGAGAGGAACAUCGAUGCAAGAGCUUCAAGUGGUUCAUGGAGGAGAUAGCGUAUGACAUUCCACUGCACUACCCUCUGCCUCCUAAAAACGUAGAAUGGGGGGAGAUUCGCGGCUUUGAGACAAGUUACUGUAUUGACAGUAUGGGACACACCAAUGGAGGCAAUGUGGAAAUAGGACCUUGCCACAGGAUGGGGGGCAACCAGUUGUUCCGUAUAAAUGAAGCCAACCAGUUGAUGCAGUACGACCAGUGCUUGACCAGAGGAGGUGAUAAUUCAGCUGUCAUCAUCACUCACUGUGAUCAGAACCAGCACACUGAGUGGAAGUACUUCAAGGAUCUCCAUCGGUUCACACAUGUGCUAACAGGGAAGUGCCUGGACCGCUCCGACCUGCUCCACAAAGUGUUCAUAUCGGACUGUGACACCAGUAAAACCACUCAGAAAUGGGAGAUGAACAACAUAGUGGCUGUAUGAAGACUGUGAGCUUGGAGGAAACAUGGUGACUUUAUCAGGACGUACAUAAUGAUUAACACACGCCAAGAAAUACAUCCAUACUAUAAGUUUACAGAUAUAUCAAGCUGAUACUGUCAAGAGUCUUUGAUAUGAGCCAGUCAGUGUCAGUAAACCUCCAGAGUUGAAAGAGUAUCAACUAUUGACAGCUUCAACCCAAAACUGUUGGUAUCAGCCAAAAUAAGCCUCUGUCACACUCCAUAUGGUCAUGUAUUAUAGACACAUUGACACUCCAGAUGGAGGCUGAAGCUACUGGUCCUCAGAACGAGCUGUUGGACAAACACUGAACUGGAAACAUGUUGGGCUCCGUCUCUGUCCUUCAUUGUGUUUACACGCCGUCUCUCUAUCUGUUCUUUUGGGCUCUCAGGUCUUUUCUAAACCACUACACUGAUUUAUGAAAUUAAUCACAUCAGCUCCAACUAUUCAGCCAUGCUCUUAUUAGUCCUUUUCAAUCAGCUGUUAGUUCUUUCACCAAAGAAUAAUUUUUUAUCGGUGAAGGAUUCAAUCGCGUCAUCAUCAUCAUCAUCAUCAUCAUCAUCAUCAUCAGUGUGUUGGACCAGGUGAAGUGUUUAUACAUGCACUGGCUGGCGUAAUGCUCGCUUCUGUCUGCGAGUCGGGUUAAGAUUCAGGCUAGAGUAGUGGAUUAAAAUGGGAUAUCAAAAAGAAAGUGCUAUUGGACAUAUCAAUGGAAGAACAAUCAACAUGUAGAAAUUACCUGUUAGCACUUUCCUGCUUGGUUUGCGUCUCAAAGAGCUAAAUGUCACCAUGUCAGUCAUCCUUUGUCUGGGGCCAGACACAAGGUGGAGAGACUGUCCUCAGUUCCCAGCGAGAUGUAAGUAAACCUCCUGCAGGCACAUGCUGAGUAUGCUAAAAAAAGGACACAGACAUAUAGUAUUGUGUUUGUGUUUUUUCUUUCACAUUUGCACUCCAGUCUGUGAAAGGCAUUUUUAGUACUCCCAAUUAGAGGGCCACUUCUAGCUCGAAGCUAAUGCAGUAAUCUAACAGGCUAAAUUAGGUUCCAGGAUAAGCUAAAUUCAAUUAAACACACUGUAUCAGGACAAAAAAGGAAAAAUGAAAAUAAAUCAUGCGACGCUUGUGUCCUCUUGUAUAAAGCUUCAUACAGCCAGCGUUUCUCAUUCCCAUUGUGCCAUGUCUGAAACCAGCCCUCCUAGAAAAUGCUUUCAAAUGCACAACAGCAUAAAGAAAACUACCUUUAUUUUCUUAACUUUGAUUAGUUUCCAGUUACUUCUAUUGACUACCGUCUGCUUGAAUUAAUUUCCAUCAAUUUGAGCAGACACUGGGAUGCUUUAUAGGAGCUUAAAUGUGUUAAGGAGAGCACAUCUUUAAAAACAAUGACCUGACUGACUGACUGCCUUUCUGACAGUCUUGAUGAGUAAUUUAGUAGCUGACCAGUUGACUGUGAUUUAGCAACUGCCUGUCUGAAAAUUUAAAAAAAACCACUGGGUUGUUGGAUGAUACCUGUGAGAAAUACAUAACUGAUGGUGAGGGGAACAACAAAUGAAGACAAUGUGACUGCUUUUUUGUUUGUUUUUGCAAGGGGAAGAGGGUUUGGUGUACGGAUGAUCAUGUAUGCAAUGUUUUGUACAAUGUAAAUAGAUUUCUUUGUAAAGACGAUCAUGACGCAUUUUGUGAAGGGCCUUGAAUGAUGUUGUAAAUAUCUAACUUAUAGCAGAGAUUUAAUAUGGGCUGAGCAAUGGGUGAUUGAGCAAAUAAAAGACUUUUUACUACUA